UGGAAAAAAUAAAGCAGAUGAAGCAUUUGAAGCUGACACUGACAUGCUGCUCAGCAGGCUCCUGCAACACAGCCAUGGAUGGUGCGUUGGAGGGAGCGCUGGUGUUGUGUGCAUGUAAACUGUCUUGCAGCCUUUUAUUCCUGCCCUCCCUGUCUGCGUCCUACAGCCCUGUCAGCUUCUGCUGUUGCUGCCUCUUGAUCUUCACAGACUUCCUGGUCACAGUUUUUCUGACUUCCCUUUGCGUCCUGGAGACCUGGCCAUUUGAUCUGAACCCCCCAGGUGAUGUCAUCGCGCUGCGCUCCCUGCUCUUUCUCAGCCAUACAUAUAGCUCUGUGCUGCUUUUCAUCACGUUUCUGAUUGCCAUUGAGACUCUGAUCAGGCUUCAGAGGCCUCACGUUGUUGUCCUUCCUGGCACCGAGGGUCAAGCUGUCAGCUGGGAUCAACGGCAAUGGUAUGUCAGGAGGGCAAAGGGUCACCAGGAGAAAAAAAGCAGCACCCUUGAAGACGGGAGCUACUCUCACGUUGUGGGUUUCCUCUGUUGCCUGUCAGUUUGGGUCAUUGUCGCUCUGACUGUCAGGUGGAACUGGGAGCUGGAAGAAGUGUGGACCACCGCCUGUCUCUACUCGACAGACUCCCUUGUGAGUUGUCUGCCCAGCCUAUUCAGUCACAUUCCCAGCUCCAUGAAUCCUUGCUGGUGCACUGCCUUCCUCUGCUUCCUCCUGAUUCUGCUGGCCAUCAGCACCACCCUGCAGACACAGCAGCAGACUCAUGCACUUGGAAACUGUUACUGCAGCUGGCAGGACCCUGUUAUGACGUUGUCAGCACCCUUCAAGUUUACUCACCCUGGGAUGUCAGCGUGUGAUGACCCAGAAAAAACAAAGAGCAGCUGCUUGUUCAGCACAGCUCUUUGGUGGAACAGUAUGCAGAUGUUGGAGCGUCACCAAGGAAACUUUGUUUUUGCCUCCCCUGGUUGUUUGCAUGAAGACAGGGGAGGACAGAAGCGCCAGACAAAGAGAGGUAUCGCUUUGACGUUUAUCACACAGAAGCAGGUGGACUGUCAAAGCAGCAGCCAGUGUGGGGGGUGGCCACGCUGGGGUUUUCCAGGCCUGGAGGUGAGUGUGAUGAUGCUGGCCGUGCUCUCCUUUUUCACACUGCCGUUCAACCUCAGUGUGAAUAUUCUCCUGAUCAGGACUAUAGAUGCCACGCUGGAGUGGUCUUUCACAGCUUUACUUUCACCUGCAGCGAGCAGCAAAGAUUUAACACCGCCUUACAGCGUGACACAAGUUUGACCAACCGGACACUGACCACUUUCCAAGACAGUCAGCAUUAACUGUGCUAGUGCAGCAUUCCUCUCUUUGCAUUGACAGUAAGCAGGUAUUCACAUGUUGAAAGUAAAGUUUUGAAAUUGUUGAUGGAUUCUGAUUCACAGGUUGAGGCGUGCUUUGUAUGAGGAGACUUCAAACCAGGAGAUUGCUGGAUUCCUUAACCCUUGUGCUAUCUUAGAUGACCCCACCCUUACAUUGACGAGUUCUGGUGGAUAAAGGUGGAAAGAUUUCAUGUAAUCCAUGGACACCAGUGAAGAUCACAAAUCAUUGAAGAAAAAAAGUUCAGAGCACUGUCUAUUGGGUCUAGAUGACCCAACUCCCAAUGUUAAAGUGCCUUGGAUAGCACAAGGGUUACCAUCAUCUAAGAUAGCACAAGGGUUAAGCUGUUCAGAGCUUCAGUUUCUUCUGCUAUCAGUAUUUAAACAACAUGCAGCAAUACAAGCCUCUGCAGCUCACAGAGACUCAUCCAGGGGGCAGACAAGGUUUUGAAUUUCGUAAUAUUAAGUCCGCCGGUGUUGUAUAACCCUGAGCCUGCAUAAAACAGUGCAUAAUAAAUAAGAAUUGACUUGAGGAAACCUAAGAUUUCUGCUGGGUUUUCUUUAAAGCCGUAAUUGUGAUCUUAAAUAAAUCAACGUCAAAUGAUUACAGACUUACUGAAAUGUGAAAGAAACCACACUGACUGAAGUGCUGAACCUUUUAAAGAUUGGGUUUUUGUUAUGUUUUAUGAACUGAAGGUCAUGUCAGGAAGACCUGAAGGCAAAGCCUGAUGCUUCAUCAUCACACGCAAACACAGAAAGGCUAAGACAAGAAGUGAAGUUUUAAUGCAGAAUAUGAAAAUAACUAAAACAUGUCUGACAAAUAUAACCUAACCUUUCUCUCUUUGGAGAACUUUUAUAUUUCUUUCUUUCUUACAAUAAAUAACCUAAAGUAG